GAAAACUUCUCGCAUCUCAAAACCUCGAAGAUGUCUUCCUUAAUCAGAACGGGCCUACUACGACUAUCAAGCCAUUCGGAAUCGAAUCAAAUUUGCUCGAGGGCCGCUUCCAUUUUGAGGGUUCGUCACCUGGCUUCUCAGCCUACGCAAGAAAAGAAAACAUCACAGGCAAAAAAAACAGUACCGGUUUCGACGAUUCCAGCAGGCUCGCCUAUUAAAGGUCUAGCAUACAUUAAAGGAGAAAGUGAUCCGAUCGCAAAGGCUGAUGAUGAAUAUCCGAGCUGGCUGUGGACCCUACUCGAACCCAACAUGGGUGUUGGACAUGCAGAUACACCAUUACGUGCCAUCCGAAGGGAACUGAAUCGAGAAAACAGGAAUAAUAUCAGAAAGUCGAACUUUUUGAAGGCUAAGAAAUGAAUGGAUGCGGUCUCUCCCGGAGGUACGGGGGGAGCUCUUUUUUCACAGCAAUGUGAUAAUCACUUGAAAUGCUCUAUAACACCUCGCCUUGCAAUUCAUCAUUUAAUGUAACAAUUCAAUAAUGUCCAUCAUCGGAAUUCCAACUCUGUCAGCAAGGGCUAACAUAUUCUUGCUAUUGGUAGCAGUGCA